AUGGCCGAUGCAGACGUCUUGGUGCCAACGGCAGCUGAAUCCUCUGCAAUAGGAGGAGGAGGAGAAAUAAGUAGGAAACAACAUUUGAUGAAUACUUUCGAAUCUUACAGAUCAGAAAUAGAUACAGACAACGAAAGAAGAGAAAAAUUGAUCAUAUUAUCAAGAUCAAUAACUCAAUUAUCGAAAAAACUGAUAUUUCACUUACAUCGAAAUGCGACUUCUUUGAUACCCACUCAGAAGGAGAAAUGUUUACGAGAAGGGAGGAUGAAAGAAAGGGAGAUAUGGACAAAUUUCAAGAAGAUAAGAGAUGAAUUGAAGAGUAUAGGAUCGACCGAAGAGGCUAGAGAGGGUUACUGGAGGUGGAAUAGGCAGGUAUCACCGGGUCUAGAAGAAUAUAUAGAAGGGUUAUCAUUCCUAUAUUACCUUGAAAAUCAGUCUCUCGUACCUUUGCAAGAAGUACAGAAGACUUUAUCUGAUGAGGAUGGUGAACCUCUAGUUAUCGUAACUCCUGAAGAUUACAUUUUAGGAAUGUCAGAUCUGACAGGAGAAUUGAUGAGAUUCGCUACCAAUGCUCUUAGUACAGGUGAUCACAAUACACCUUUGGAAGUAUGCGAUUUCGUUCGAACGGUCAAAGCGCAUUUUGACGGUAUACCACCACAUAUGUUAUAUAAGUUAUCGAAAAAACAAGAAGAGACCACUAGAUCAUUAGAAAAGAUAGAAAAAGUUUGUUACGCUUUGAGAUUAAGAUUAAUCGAGUUCGCGGAUAAACCUGAAGUAUUAGCCAUGAUGGCCAAAAGGGCGUUGGAGGAUGUUGCGGAGAAGGAGAAAGAAGGUCCACCCAGAGAAGAUUAA